AUGAAAUUCUCAGAAUUAAAAUAAUUUCUCUAAUCUGAUUUGGGAUCAAACAAAGAAGUUGAAUUAGCUCUAAGCUCAAAAAAUAUUGGCAGUAGUGAAAUUACAAAAUUAAGUUCUUCUUUUUCUAAUUUAGACCUAAAGGAAUUAACCAUAGAUGUAAGCUCAAACUCAAUUGAUAACAAUCGUCUGAUUGAACUCUCUUAAGGCCUAGCUUAAUGUUAGAGUUUAGUUAAAUUGGUCAUUGACAUUGGUGAAAAUUGCUUUGGAUAAAAAGGAGUAUCUAGCUUGAUUUAAUCUAUUUCUACAUGUAAAAAUAUUACAAAAUUAAGUUUGGAUUUAGGAUUUAACAAUUUAAAGGAUAGCAGCAUUACUGAUUUAGGGAAACUUGGUUAGUGUACAAACAUAUAAGACUUGAGCUUAUUUUUAUAUGAAAACAAGAUUGGAAAUAACGGGAUAACAUAGCUAAUAUCAUAAUUAUCAAAAAAUUAAAAUUUAAAAGAGCUAGUACUACAUUUAGACUAUAACUAAAUAAGCGAUUAAGGAGUUAAGGAAUUAGGAAAGAUCCUUAAAUAAAUGACAAAUCUAAAUAGUUUAAAACUUUAUCUUUAAUCAAAUAUGAUAAGUGCUGAUUCUUUAAGAGAAUUAGAGUAAAUGCUCAAUUAGUGUGGAAAUUUUACUACUUUAAAAUUUUCUUCUUUCCAAAAACAAUAGACUCAUUAAAGUUGA